AUGCAUGUCGUGGUGCGGCACAUGGCGAGGCAGUUUCCAAAUGGCAUUUUCUACCUCAACCUGUGGCCUUUCAGCGCCACUCUCAUGGUCGUUGCGAAUCCACUUGCCGCCGCCCAGGUCGAGGCUGCCUUUCUCGACAAGCCUGGUGCCAUGUGCUCUACCCUGGAAAUCAUCAACGGCGGCCCGUCGCUUAUGACGAUGCACGGAGCGACGUGGAAGAAGUGGCGCGGCCUCUUCAACCCUGGCUUCUCCGCCGGCUACAUGAUCGGGCUUGCGCCAGCCAUUGCUGAUGAGGUUGCUGUCUUUUGCAAGCUUCUUCAAGGCCAAGCUAGAGAAAGGAAGGUGUUCCAGUUGGAAGAAUUCAUCCUACGGCUCACCUUCGACGUCAUUAGCCGCAUAACCCUUGAUGCUCGUCUGAGUUAUCAGACGCAGGGUAGUGCCCUCGCUGAUUGCCUCCGGAGACAGGUGUACUGGACUCAAUUUGGAACAACUUUCAACCCAAUCCGCCGCUAUCUUAGUCCUCGCCCUCUCGUCCAGAAGUACAACAGCUACCGGAUGAACAGGUAUCUCGAUGGGGAGAUAGAUAAGCGAUUCGAAGAACUCGCUCUUUCACGCCGUUCCCCUCGCAAAGAAUUUCGCGCGCCGAAUCGGUCCAUCAUCUCGUUGGCUAUGGACCAAUAUCUGGGGGAAGUCGGCAACGAUGCGGAGCCGUCAAAAGAGGCUUUCAGGGAGCUUGUGAAGCCUCAGCUUCGCAUGUUUCUCUACGCUGGCCACGACACCACUAGCAGCACGCUUCUGUACUGCUUCCACCUGCUCUCCCAGCACCCCGAAGCCAUGGCCAAGGUCCGCGCUGAGCACGACACAAGGUGCUGGGUUCCGAUCCCUCAAUCGAGCAUUGCAUUAUCAAGGAGGUCCUGCGCAUUUUCCCUCCUGCGGGAAGCAUGCGGGAAGGGCGUCCCGACAUCAUCCUCACGGACGAGGGAAGGCCAUCAAUAUCCUACCGAGGGAUGCCACAUAUGGAGCCUCAGUCUGGUCAUGCACAACCCGGCCGUCUUCGUGAGGCCAGAGGAAUUCCUCCCGGAACGCUGGAUAGUCGGCCCCCGGGAUCCUCUUCACCCGAAUAAAGGCGCCUGGAGAGCCUUCGAAUGGGGCCCGCGCAGCUGUAUCGGUCAGACCCUUGCGCAGUUGGAACUCAAAGUCGCACUCGUUAUGACGGCUAGACUGUUUGACAUUACUCUUGCAUACGACGAGUGGGACCAGCUUCACCCGAGGAAGGGUAUCAAGUCAGUGGAUGGCAACCGAGUGUAUCCGGCCGAGAUGGGCGGAGGUGGAGCCCAUCCAGCAGACGGGUUUCCGGUCAGGGUCACAUUGAGGGACUGA